UGUUUUGUAGGAUGUCGACUUCUCUUGAACAUUUGCUUGAUAAUUUUCAUGUCGAUAUGACUGUAGAUAUGGGCGAGGUGACUAGCGGCGUUCCUAAUCCCUCUACAACUGCUGUGCCGAAUCCGACGCCUGAUUCGGUGAAUCCGGAUCUUGAUCCUGCUUCUGGAGAUCAAGUUCCUGCUGCGACUUCCGAGUCGCCUCUGCUUCCUUCGAAGGAGUCAGGUCCUUCUCUGAAGGGGUUGCCUACCGCCGGCCAGAAGCGUCCUGCUGAGGACCAGGCUGGGGCUUCUACCAAGCGUCCCAAGAAGAAGAAAUCUUCUGGGGUGUCUUUCGAGGAGGCACCUCGGUUUGCUGCUUGGGCGGACGCGCAAAAUCCGCCUCGUCUCUCAAACGUCGCCAUUCUUCAUGCUUGCAUGGAGAAUAUUAUGAUAAAAGAGGACAUUGAGUCCAUUGAUCGCGAACAUGGCGAUAAUUUGGCUGAGUUCGCCUGUCUCGGCGGUUUUUCGGUGGUCCAGUCCAUCGCUGUUUUGGAGCGCCGCCGAAGGGAUGCGGUGGAUCAAUUGAAGAAACUCCAGAGAGAUUCCGAAUCCUGGCUCUCCGAGAAACAAAAGAUGGAGGAGGAGGCUGGCGAGGCGACCGGUCUGAUCCAACAGCUGAGGUCCUCCGUAUCUACCAAGACUCGGGAGAUUUCCGCUUUAGAGGCUCGGGUUCGAACUUUGUCCGAGGAAGUCGAGUCUCUACAAUCUUCUUCAGGUGCUCUCGCUAAGGAGAGGGAUGAUCUGAAGAAAGAAGAGGGGCGUCUCCGCCGGCGAUUGGGUGACUCUGGGAGCUUUUAUUCCCAAGUCAUGACUCAAUACCGGUUGGCGAUCGGGGCAAAGCUGCGGGAGCAGAAUCCUGGCGUCGAUCUUUCUGGAGUCAAUCAGUUGGAUCCUGCUUCUUUAGCGAAGGAGGUGAAGGCGAAGCUUGAUAAGCAGAAGCAAGACGCUUUGAAUAAGGCUUAGUUUUUAUUUUCUCCUUUUUGUAUUUUUUGCUUUUUAGUAUUUUUUGCUUUCGCCUCUUUUUUUUGUAUUGGAUCGUGGGCGGAUCCUUUGUAAUUUUUCUUCUGUUAAUAUAAUGAUCUUUUGACCAUUGCCUUUCUUUAUUUGUAGAGUUAAUCUAAACUCGUUUGUUAUUUUGAGAAGUUAAUCUAAACUUCUGCUGGUGUAAUUUAUUUGUAGGUCCGAAUGGAUCCUUUUAUUUAUUUGAC